UGAGUAUGCAGGAGGCAUUAUGAUGUCAUCAGUUUGUUUUGCAUUGUCUCCCUGUGAAAACAGCAUCCAUUAUGACAUCAUCGCUUGGGAUGACAUAACAAUGGGUAAUUUGAUCUGCUGACUCUGUAACCAUGGCAACACCAUUGUGAGGUAAUAAUGAUGAAAACAGGCUUUAACAGCUGUCAGGUGUUUGCAGUCAUUCUGAGUUAGGAGUUCGAGGAGGAAGGAGCUUGCUCUUUAUUCCUUGUUCUUUUAACUCAAUUUUUUUAAAAUGUCCGAUCAAAAUAUAUUUUUAAAUCAUUUUUCAUAUACGAAAUGGAUCAUUACCCUAUUAUUAGGCUUCUCUGCUGGAGUUUUGGACGUCAGCUUUUUUUAUAUAAUUAUGGGAAUAGUGAUGUGGAUCUUGUACAGAUGCUGGAAGCCAAGUACUGAGCCAUCAGCAAUAAAGUGUCAGGACAAAGCCAAGGAACAGGCAAAGGUCCCACACAAGGUCACUGACCGAGAGUUUGAGAGACUCCGGUACCUGCAAGUGUUAGUGAACAAUUCGUGGCCGUACAUAACAAAAUAUCUGGAGAAAUUUCUAAGAUGGAGAAUUCAGCCGCUGAUCAGAUCAAGAUUUAAAUAUUUAACCAAUUUUCACUUCUUUGAUAUUGAUUUUGGCAAUAAGGCUCCACAGGUGACUCACAUGAGAGUUCAGUCUGAUCCAGAGAAGAAGCAGAUUCUCCUGGAUCUCAAAAUCAGUCUCAACGCAGCGGUGAUGGUUAAUGUUGGAAUAUCUAAGACUAUCAUGGCCGGAGUGAAGUCUGUGAAGCUGGAGGGAACAUUACGAAUAAUUCUGGCUCCGCUGAUACCAGACGUGCCCUUUACUGAAGCCGUGAACAUUUACUUCCCUCGGCGGCCGGUGUUACAUCUACAGUGGACAGGACUCACCAACCUGCUUAAUAUUCCCGGUCUUCACACCAUGACAGAAAGAAUGAUUGUGGACCAAAUUGCCAACUUCAUGGUUGCACCAAAAUUUUUCACUCAGCCCCUGGCAGCCAACUUUGACAUGAAAAAUCUGCCCUUCGCGGAUCCCUGGAACGCACUUCGGAUUCAUGUAUUAGAAGCAAGAAAUCUCGUUGCAAACGACUUCUUCUCCAAGAAAUCAGACCCUUUUGUAGUUGUGCGCGGAGGAGGCACAGUUGGGAAAACCAGGGUCAUAUCUAAGAACCUCAACCCGCAGUGGAACCAGACAUUUGAGAUAUUAUUUUCAGAUUUACCAGGGCAGGAGAUUGAAUUUGAGGUUCUGGACAAAAAUGUUCAGAGAGAUGAUUCACUGGGCAGCUGUAAAAUUGCAGUUCCACAUGUGCUAAAGAAGAAAUUCAUUGAUAAGUGGAUCCGGUUGGACAAUGUGAAGUCUGGGGAGCUCCAUAUCAAGGUGGAAACUCUCAAACUCUUUUCAGACCGUGACAAGCUGCAGAAGGUGUUAAAUCUGAACAAAAGGCCGCGGCCCCCUAAGAGUGAGGAGUUGUCAUCAGUUGCCCUUUACACCGUCAUCCAAAAAGCCAGGGGUCUGCCAGUGAUACGGCCGAAGAAAUGCAAAUUAAACCCACUGGCCACCGUGGAAGUGUCAGUGACAGAUACAGUCAAGAGGACGGGGGCCCAAAUAAAUUCCGGAGAGCCAGAGUGGAAGGAGAGGUUACAAUUCCUCAUAAAGGACCCACGCGGCGAGAGAAUGCAACUAAAUGUACUAAAUCAGCGCAACAAGGUUCUGGGACACAUCUCUGUUUCCCUAUCAACACUCAUGGCUGCCAAGGAUAUGACCAUGGAGGGCUGGUUCCCUCUUGAGUCCACAGUAAAUAACAGCGAGAUUUGGCUGAAGCUGCAGCUGAUGAUUCUUGCCCCUCGCAUUUUUCAUGUGAAGCGAUAGAACCAGAAAGAACUUCCAGAACCCAAAUCCUGGACCAAGGAGGAACUGAGGAGGAUGAAGAGGAGGAGGAAGGAGGAGGAUGAAGAGGAGGAGGAAGGAGGAGGAGGAGGAGGAGGAUUUAGCACAAAGAUGAAGCUUUCAGCUUGAGGCAAAGGAGGCUCUGAAGAUCCUUGCCCUGAUGGACCUUCUGGAUCAGGAUAAAGGGACCUUCUCUAGCCCUGUGGCAAAGGAGGGUCCGAAGACUCUUAGCUACCUUUUUACCUCCCAAGAAUUAAAAAGUAGAGGCAUUGACUAUAAAUAUAAGCAAUUAAAAAAAAUAAAAUGAUAAAAUGAGUGAGCUUUAUUAGUGACUGGGCAUAAAGAGGCAGAGUAGGAAGGUUAAUUAUUUGAAACCAUAAAAAAUACACAGCUACUUAGAAUAAGUCAAUGUACAACCAUCUAAAAUCACGUUUAAUGGUGAACUUUCCCUUUAAGGCCAUAGGCAGUGACACAUGGGAAUCACUUGAAAGGGGAAACCUACAAAUUUUACUCCAUGUGUCUUGGGUCUAAGAUGGGUCUAUAUUCUUUAAGUUGCCCAGCCUGGGAGCCACCUACCUACACACGUGUGGCUGAUAGAGCUAAUGAUUGGCUCUUUACCCCUGUAGCUGGGGCAGGAAUAUCUAACUGGCGGCUUUCUUUGUGUCCCAAUGCCAUAUUGUGGCCUGUGAUGCUGAUCAAACCAAAACACAAGGAAUACAAUAAAAUUCUGUUCAUAGUCACCUGACUUUUGGUUCAGCACGGAACCCCCCGAAAAAGUAAUUUUGCAGUCGGUCUGCUUUUAACUUUAACACUAGGAGCUGAUAUAUGUGAGCUUUCCGAUUCCAAUUUAUUUUCCCAAUUUACAUCACGAGGUCAAACAAUAUGGAGAGAGAAUUAGGGGCAAGUAAAAAAUGUAGAAUUUGUUGCUGAGCUCCCCUCCCUAAAGUGUUUUGCCCCUAAACCCCCUGCCCUAUAAACACUCCCCCCCAUGCCUGGUGAUUGCUGAGACUAAUGGUGGUGUAACCCUACGGGCCAUUAAAGUAGAAUGGGGCCCCAAUUAAAAAAACUCUAGAACUUUUCCCAAGUGCUGCACUAUUUGUGCUUGGGGCACAGUCGUGGCGUGAGUGUAGGUAACAGUGAAUAUUGGCUAUAUGGGGCUCUUAUGUAUAAAAUUAUUAGAAAACCCAUGGGCGGAUUUUAAUGAAGGCUUGAGGAGGCUAAGCCUCCCCAAACCAGUCCAGCACGGUAAAUGUCAUUUCAACUGGGGGAUUUGAAAGACUGAUUCUAGCAAUACCUUGCAAUAGAAAGCAGUAACUUUGUUUCACUUGCAGCUCCCGUAGUCUCACACAGGCUGAGAGAUCAGCUGACUGAGGAACGGGAGGGGAGUGGGCGGGACCUGCACAGCUCAGAGCUGAUCUCCCUGGAAGAAGUGGCAGUUCUGUAUGCUAAAUGGAAGCUCAGGUUUAGCCAUGUGCAGCAUCUCCAGGACUACAGUGAGUUAAAAAGAUGCCAAGUAGUUAUAGAUUUUUAUUUAUUCCACAAAGCAGGUUGCCAGUUGCUCAUAUAUAUUUAUUUAUAAUA